AUGCGCGAUCUCCCCGUUUUCAUGCUCUUCCGGGACGGCUGCGGCAGCGUCACGGCGCCCAUCGAGACGCCGCUGCAUGACGCUGCCGCCAAGAAGUCUCAUGACGGACAGUCGCCGAUCGUCGAUGGUGCAUUCACGGAGAGCGGCAUGCUGGCCAGAGUUGCCGUCAAACGCAGCGGUAUCCAUCCGAAAUGA